AUGGCAUCUUCAAGUUCUCUGACCGAUCCCAAGGAAUAUCAAAAGAUUUUCCAUUGGGCUGAAACCCAGAAGGACGGGACAAUUCCUUCAUUCAACACACGUCGCAAUGACCCUUAUGAAUAUCAAUCUGGCUUUGGAAACGCCUUUGUAUCCGAGGCAGUUCCAGGCACUAUUCCACAAGGCCAGAACAACCCUCGCAACGUCAGGUUCGGACUCUAUGCCGAGCAAUUGACUGCCACGGCCUUUGUUGCGCCCCGACAUGCAAACAAGAAGGCGUGGCUUUAUCGGGCACGCCCUGCAGUGGCUCACCAGGGAUUUACCGAGCUCCCAGAUAACGCAGAAACAGAGUCCAACUUCCUACCGAUGAACCCCCGCAUCCACGUUUCUCCUACUCAGCUGGCAUGGCAUCCUUUCGAUAUCCCUACUAGCGGCGAGAUCGACUUUGUCUCCGGUCUGAAGACUAUUGCCGGCUCGGGCGAGCCUACUCUUCGUGAAGGUCUAGCCACACACGUCUAUGUCGCCAACACAAGCAUGAAAAAGAAGGCUUUUGUCAACUCCGACGGCGAGUUCCUGAUUGUUCCUCAGCAGGGCGCCCUUGAUAUCCAGACCGAGUUUGGUCCUCUUUUUGUCCAACCCGGAGAGCUUGUGGUUAUCCAGCGCGGUCUCCGAUUCCGUGUGGAGGUGCCAGAUGGUCCCUCGCGUGGCUAUAUCCUCGAGGUCUGGGGCUCCUGUUUCGAGCUUCCCGAGCUGGGUCCCUUGGGUGCCAAUGGCUUGGCCAAUGCGCGAGACUUUUUGAGUCCUACCGCGUGGUAUGAGAUUGCACAAGAGCCAUGGAAAAUUGUGUACAAACUGGGUGGGAAGUUCUUCAAGAGUACCCAGAAUCACAGUCCGUUUGACGUCGUGGCGUGGCAUGGAAACUAUGUCCCCUAUAAGUAUGACUUGACCAAGUUUGUCAAUGUUGGUUCCAUCUCUGUGGACCAUAUUGAUCCUUCCAUUUUCUGUGUGCUUACGGCAAAGUCGCGGGAUCUGACUGCGCCGCUGGCUGACUUUUUGAUUUUCUCUCCUCGAUGGGACGUUGCAUCUCAUACUUAUCGCCCCCCUUACUAUCACCGCAAUGUGGCCUCGGAAUUGAUGGGCUUGAUCUACGGCGAAUAUGGCGGCCGCUCGGAUGCCUUUAAGCCAGGCAGUGUUUCCUUCGAGUGCGGCAUGGUCCCUCACGGUGUUGCAUACGAAGAGUUCAAGACAGCGAGCGAGAACCCUCCACCUGUCAUGAAGAUUUCUGAGGCAUCGGUCGCCUUCAUGUUUGAGUCCAGUCGCCCUUUCACCAUCACCGACUACGCGUGGAAUAGCGAGAAGAAGCAUGAGCAUGAGCCGAAGAUGUGGGAUAAUUUGGUCGAUAACUUCUCAAAGCAUGCGAAAGAAGUCGAGGAGAUUCUGGCUAAGAAGGCUAAGAAUCUUUCUGUAUCAUAA